GCUUCUUUUGUGCUCAGCAGCGGUGGCGGCAACAGCAGCGGAAGUCUUCAGCCAGGUCGGCGCGUGCCCCCCUCCGUGCCUGCCUAGUAGCCGCUCGCCGCCAUGUCGCUGGGCCCCGGCGCCGAGGCGGGCUUCUCCAGCGAGGAGCUGCUCACGCUGCGCUUCCCCCUGCACCGCGCUUGCCGCGACGGCGACCUGCCGGCCCUGUGUGCACUGCUGCACAGCUCGCCGCGCUCCGACCUGGCCGCCGAGGACUCCUUCUACGGCUGGACCCCCAUCCAUUGGGCUGCGCACUUCGGCAAGCUGGAGUGCCUAAUACAGUUAGUGAGAGCUGGAGCUACUGUAAAUGCCUGUACAACACGUUUUGCCCAAACACCAGCCCAUAUUGCUGCUUUUGGAGGACAUCCUCAAUGCCUGAUCUGGUUGAUUCAAGCAGGGGCCAACAUAAACAAGCAGGAUUAUGUUGGUGAAACUCCUAUUCAUAAAGCAGCACGGUCUGGUAGUAUGGAUUCCGUAAGUGCCCUUGUGGCUAAUGGAGCACAAAUAGAAUUGUCGCAUGGCAUUAACAAAGAAUACAUAAAGCACUUGAGAAAUGCCAGUGGCCUGACAGCAGCAGACCUUGCUCAUACCCAGGGCUUCCAAGAAUGUGCCCAGUUUCUCUUGAACCUCCAGAACUGUCACCUGAAUCAUUUCUAUAGUAAUGGCACUUUAAAUGGGGUUCAUCAGAAUGCAGGUUCCAAUCCUCUCAAUGGUGGGACAAGUCGAAAGAGAUCCUUUGAAGAUAUGGAGUCUGCUGGAUUAAAGAAAGCAAGGACUGAAGCUUAUAAUUUUGAUGGCUUAUUACCAAUGGUGAAUGGAGGAGUUGAGGAUGAUGCUGACAAUAUGCACGUUGAUAGAGAGUUUGCUGUUGUAUCAGGUGUAUUUCUUAAUGCAGAUAUGAAUAGCAGUAGUCCCAUAAUGAACGCAUUGACAAAUGGAUGUGCCAUCAAUGGACAUUUGGACUUCACCGGCACAGCACAGCUCAGUGGAAUGGAUACCAGGCGUGACGAAAGUUUAACAUUAGUUCCUGGAAUAACCUCUACCAAUAGGCAUAGAAUUCAUACCAGUAAUGGCACUGAGGAACCAGAAAAAGCCCUGAAUACUUCUACUGAUAUGUGUGGUUCCUUACAUCAGAAUGGAAGCCCAAGUAGCUUUGUAUCUAACAGGCCCUCGUGGGUGGAAGAUGUUGGAGAUACUUUGCACUAUGGACACUAUCAUGGUUUUGGGGAUACUGCUGAAAGUAUCCCUGAACUUAACAGUGUCCUUGAGCAUUCCAAUUCUGUUAAAGUUGAACAGAAAUACAAUAAUACUGUCCUAGGCACAAUGUAUCUUUAUCAUGGUUCCUAAAUCAAGUCUUGUUGUUUAUAUCAAAUGCAUAUUGAAAUUGCUACCAAAUGUUUUGGGGUGGUGGGAGGGGGAGGGCAAAAAACUUGCAAAGCAUUAAAUUUGAAAAAUGCAACCAUUAUUAUUUUUACACUUUGUUUAUAUUAAAAAGUAAACCUUUCAUUUGACAGCUUUGUACUAAAGUUCUAGUUUGUGGCAUGUACUUGGUGAUAGAAGGUGCUGUUACAAUGGAAAGUUUAUGCUUUGUAUUUUUAAGGGAUGUUCUGUUUUUGUACUUAAUCUUUUUAUUUCCAAGUUUGUGAACACUAUCUUUAUAUUUCCCUUUAAAAAAAAAAAAACUUCCAUUUUAUUAAAGUUUAAACUGAAUUUUGUGCAAAAAUGAGUUGUGUGAUACAAAUGUGCAUCACUUUGAAGUAAAGAUUUUUCUUCUUCUGCUGAUGCUAUGGUAGCAAUAUCAAUGCCACCUGUCACUAUGCAAGGUUUGAAAAGUGGUUAUCUUAAAGAGCUUCUCUGACUUGCUAAUCUGUGUUUGUUUAAUAGAACUGAACGUUCAUUAAGAUGUUUGAGUAAAAGAAAUGUUUAAAGAUGCGAAGACAGUUUGAGAAAUGAAAGGUUUCACUAGGGUAGAAUAGGAGUGUUUUUCUUUGUUGUUAGGCUCUCUGCAUUAUAGAAGUGGACAAGUGGGUUUCCUGUGUUCAGCUGCAAGGGGAUGUGCCUCAGGGUUAAUUCUUAUUUGUGGCAUUUUUAUUUUGCUUCUCUACUUUAAAUGUAGCUUGAUAUUUUAUCAUAGCUCACAGACUGGAGGCAUGUUGGCAUUGUUUUGCUUUGUAUGCAAUUUAAAACCAAUGUUACUUGUUAUAGAAAUGGUUGAGUCUCUAAACAUUUCAGCUUUACUGUCUUUUGAUAUACAUAUAUUUUGUCAAUUUUUUUACAAUUUCUUUGAAAAUGUAAUGCUGUGUUUUGCCGGUUAAAAAUAGUUUUUCUGCUAUGUUCACUGAAAAUACAUUGUAUUUAAAGCUUAUUACACAAAUGGAAUUAAUACAAGUGCACCCUAUUAGUACUGGUUAUUCAAGUUACUAUGGUGAUUUGAUAAGAAUGGUGGAGAAGAUGCUAAACAAGUUAAGUCCUUGAAAUUGUGGGGGACAUUUUAUUUGUUUGUUUAAAAGAGGACCUUUAAAAAUCAGAUUUAAAAAUAAAUAACUACAUAUUACCUUGUA